AGUGGAGAGAGAGAACAAGUAAUACAAGAUAUCAAUGAGGAUAGAGACAAAAUGGAAAUCACAAAGACUCAGCUACAAAAGAAGAAAGAACUUGCUGACAUUCAGUUUGAUAAGACAAUCCAAGAAAAACAACAAUUGUAUCAAAUAAAGACAACUACUGAAAGUGAGAGAGAAAGGUUUUUAAAUGAAAAUAAGAGGUUGCAAGGAGAAUUGUCAGAGCUGACAAUAACAAAGGUCCGGCUCACCAGUUUAAUGAACUUCAUUUUAAGUCUCAGAGCAAAACUUAAAAAGAUGAAUCAAAAGAGGCAUGAGGACUUCACAAAGAAAAUGGACAUAUUUGGACAGAAAUGGAACUACAUGCUACAAUUAAACUCGACACUGGAACACAAGUGUGAUGAACUUCAUGAACAGAAAAAUAAAGUCACUAGUUUUUAUGAUCUGAUGCAAAAAGAGAAGAAACACAUGAUGACAAUAAUGUUUGACAAAGCGGUACAAAGCGAAGUUUUAAAGGAAUGGCUUCACGAGCAUGAUGUUGAUGAACAGUAUUUAAAUAAAGGUAAAGAGUUUGAAUGUGAGAAUGGGGUUUUCCAAUCCGAUGCCAAGACCCAGACUGAAGAUUUUGAACAUCAAUGGAAGUUAGAGGGAGAUAAACAUGAUCUUGAAAGAAAAGCUAAAUACUUCAAGAGGGAAGGUCUGCUGCUGAUGGUGGCGGAGAAUGAAUUGAAAAAUAAACAGAAGAUGUUCAAGCCGGCUCCAGAGCCUGAUUUUACAGACAAGAAAAUGUCAAGAAUAGAUUGUUUGAGAAAGAUCUGGAAGGAUACUAAAAUGGAGCGGAAGGAGAUAUAUCAGAUGAAUUGCAUGAGCCAUGAGAUGAAAAACAACCUAGAGAAAAAACUCAAGGUGCUCAAUCAGUUUGUUAAGAGAACAUGGUCACCGAAAGAAAAGGAACUACUGGAGAAUAAGUUAAAGCAAGGAAUAAGUAAAGACAUUACAUCCCAAAUUGAUUGUAAGAGAGACAGCACUGCACUGGAUAAAAACUACAGAGAGAUCCAACAACUUCAAGUUCAGAUGCUCAGUGAGAAUGAAAAACUGUGUAGAACACUGACAAGUAUUGAUAAAGCUAAUCAAACAUUCAAGGUUGAUAUAACACCAAGGGAUGGAACAAUACAAGUUAAACAACAGACCUAUCAAGCGAAGAGGAAGGUAGAAGAAACAGAUUCCGCUCCAGAGACAUCCAGCGGACUCCUUUGUCACCUCCGGCAUUAUUGCUAUCGAUGCUGCUGCCCUUGCUGUCCCUGCUGCAAGCAAGUCUGCCAGGAGGAGAACUGAGAGACAGGUCUAUAUCACUGUAAUUACAAAUAUGAAUGUUUCUGGCAUACAUUUGAAAUAUAGUAUUUCUAAUUUUCCGUAACAAGUAUUUUUCUAAUAACAUGUAAUCCAAAGAUAACAACUUAACAUGUAAUUUGUUAAGUUUAGUAAGUACGUACUGUAUUUCAUUGUCUGCAAACGGUUUCUUUUUGGAAGUCCAGUUAGCUGAAAGAUUUAAAUUCACCAGCCGGAUUUUUUCUUAUAUAGUAGAGUUGCUUAAGUGAAUUCAAACUACUUUUUUACACUUACACUUUUUAAACCAUUAUGAGCACCAUCAAAAAGUAAUACAGUAACUCCAAAUUUCAAGGUAUUUAUGCAGACCAGAGUGCAAAAUGUGUGAGGCUUGUGUGUCUUACAAGUGCCUUGCCUUACUGGGUAUUGCACCAUGUUUGUUUGCAUAUGUCAUAUAUUUCAAUCAGGAGAGAAAAGUAGGCUAUAUGAAGUAAUGAUGAAUGUUUAUUAUAACGGAUGUCAUGUGAUAACAAUGUCUUUGCAGGAGGUGGCAGGAAGAUUCUAAAGGAAGAAUUGUCAUCAAGCACCAGCGAGAUAAAUACCUCCAUGGAGUCUGCACAUUGGUGGAGGUUGUGGCUGAUGAUUCUGAUUAGGCUGAUUGGCUGAAGAGGUUUAUGGAGCUGAUGAAUCUGUUCAGCUCAUGGGAAGAGU